GACACACGGGAAGGCAUGACUGGCCGGGUGUGUGCCGCCACGAGUCCCUUUCUCCGUGAGCGCCCUUCCCUGCACCAAGUGAUCACUCCAGCCUUCCAGAGACCCAAACCUCACCAUGUGACCAGCAGCUCCCAUGGACUUCAGCCUCCUGCCGCUGCCGCCGCGCCCGCUGCUGCUGCCGCCCCACAUCACGCCGCACUCCUGAUGAUGGGAAGUGACCAGUACUGCCUCAAGUGGAACAAUCACUGGGCCAACCUGAUUCGAGUCUUCAACUCCCUGCUCCAGUCAGAGACCUUCGUGGAUGUGACACUGGCAUGUGAGGGCCGCCACUUGAAGGCUCACCGACUGGUGCUGUCUGCCUGCUCCCCGUACUUCAAAGAGUUGCUUGUAGCCCAUCCAGACAAGCAUCCCAUCGUGAUACUCAAGGAUGUUCGCUACUCAGAACUGCGGACACUUGUUGAGUUUAUCUACAAUGGAGAGGUGUCGGUGGAGCAGAAUGACCUUGCAGCCUUGCUCUGCACUGCCAGGGAGCUACAGAUCAAGGGUUUGGCUGACAACCGGCUCCCAGGGGCACCGUCUCCACACUGCACAGGGAGGGACAUUGGGGAUGGAGGGAAGUACACCCUCACCCCUGCAACCACCACUGGUCUCCCUACGACCACCACAAGUUCCAGCUCUCCACCCUUGGAAGCCACUAACAUAAAAGGUGGCAGUCCCCGACGGAAAGUUGGAUCUGAAGAUAGGCCACCACCACCACCACUGGCAGCCCUGCACCCGGGCAUGCCGCCUUCCAGUUACUGUUCCUCGCACCUUUCAGCCUACCACUCUCACCCAACUUCCAGAGAAGCUUCCCCAGUCCACAAGAGGCGAAGAGUGUCAGUGGAGGGCUGUGAGGAUGAUGGGGAAGCUGGUGAAGGUAACAAGCAGGCACAAAAUGACCCACCAAAUGGCCAUUUCCCUCAGCAGCAAGACACUAAUGAAAGGCAGUAUACUCUGGCAUCCAGCUCUUCAGGAAUCAGGAUUACAGACCCAACCAGAAGAGAGGACAACAACAACACGCCCCCCACCUGGGACACAGACAAAGCUUCACCGUCCAUAGCCAAGAUCUCUGUAGGUGUGGCAGUAACGACCACAAGCACUUCCACUAGCAGCCCUGGGGAGCCCCGGGGCUGUGAUGACGAUGAUGAUGACAGAGCACAUGUGACCAUCCAAUCACCAGAGGUGAUCCUUGAGGAAGGAGAGACAGGUGUAGUGUCCUCUGGACCACCAUCUACGGUGCCCUCACCUUCCCUAGCUGGCAGUUCCCUUGGCAACUCAUCCAUAACUGCUACUGCCUUGGGAGGUCCCCUGACUCCAAGUGGUCCCCUGCCCCCUCAAAUGGCCCUUCUUCAUCAAGCUCUGGCUUUAGGUUAUCAUCCCUUUCAACAUUAUUUUCCUCCUGGUCUCUUAGAACAACAACAGCAACAGCAGCAGCAGCAUCCUGGAGUGUCUCCACCCAAAGAAAUAAUUCAUUUCUUAGAUAUGAUGAAAGCGCUGCCCCCAAGUGCACGACUACCACUCGCAGCUCUAGGAGGCCCAGCAGGUGUUGGAGGAACCUCUAGUCUUAGUCUAGGACUGCCAGUUGUCACAGGAACAACAUCCACUUCUACAGCAACUGCCAGUACCAGCAGAGAAAAGAAUGUUGGAAAUAGCAUCACCUGUCACAUCUGUGCUAUGAUCCUUCCCUCGGCACACCACCUGGAGGAACACAUCAGAAUCCAUGAGGAGGAAAAACCAUACAAGUGUGACCAGUGUGGGCAGCGCUAUAAAUACCAGUCAGCGUUUCAACGGCACCAGGAGCAGAACCACACUGCCAAGCUGCCUGGUGACAAACCUUUCCGUUGCAGCGUGUGUGGCCAGUGCUUCAAGUAUCAUAAAAGCUUCACCAAACACAGGUCUAACCAUGAUGCUCUUGACCGUAUCAUGAAGGCUGAGACAGAAGAAGGAAGGCUGAUGCACAGGGGAUUACAUGAGUCUUACCUCCAUAAAGUCCUAGUUAGUGAUUCCUCAAAGAGUGAAUCUGAGACAUCAGUAACCUUGAAGGAAGAAAGCAUGGAGACUCAGCAGCAGGAGGAGGGAGCAGAGAGGCCGUCCACAUCUAACCCCACAUCGUUCAAUGCUGCCCUUCUGCACCCUGUUAAUCCAGAAAAUGGCGUGAAGAAUUACGAAGACAGAGACGAGGAAGAAGAGGAAAUAGAACCAGAAGGUGAGGAAGAGGAUGCAGAGUUUGAGGAAGAGAACAAAGGAAAGUUUGUUUACUGUGUUAAGUGCAAGUUGACAUUCCGAGACGUGGGCAGCUUUGAGGGGCACUGCCGAGGAUCGACGGAAUGCUCACUGGACACUCUUCGGGAAGUAAAUGUAAGUGAGGGACCAGGCCUGUCAAGGCCUCCAAGUGUGGCUUCCUCACCCAGAGCAUCUCCACGCCUCUCUCCCACCAGUAUCUCGGGACCACCUCGCUCUCCACUCCCAGCUUCCACACCUCUAGCCAUGCCCUCCCCUCCUGCUACCACUACCCCUGUAGGUGGCCUUCCUCCGUCCUCAAGUGUUGCCAUGAGCACUGCCACAGCCAAUACCACCAGUGUCACCCCUGGAACCAGCACUCCUCCAGGCCAGAACACUUUGUUCAAGCUGGAACCAAGAGGGGCCCUCAUGCUCCCUCAUGCCCCCCUUCCUUCAGCCCCUGACCCACGAGGGGAUGAGGAGCGACCCUUCAAGUGCCAGUUUUGUCAGAAGGGUUUCAAGGGCAGGGAGAACCUUAAACUUCAUAUCCGCACCCACACUGGAGAAAAACCCUACAACUGUGGUGUUUGUGGCAAAGCUUUUGGUGGCCGCUCUGACAUGAAUCGACAUCUGCGCAUCCACACUGGGGAGAAGCCAUACCCAUGCAAGGUGUGUGGGAAGAAAUUUGCCCGAGCAGAUUAUCUUUCUAAGCACAUCACCACACACCUUGGGGUCCCCUUUGCCAAGCCAGUGCAUAGUUUGCAACAGAGUCUUCAAAAUUUAGAAAAUAUGCAAAAUCUACAAAACCUACAUAAGUUACAAAAUAUGUCUAAUGAAUAAUACCAAAAUUGUCCCCAAAUAUUUAAGAAGAUAAAUUUUUAUAUAUAUAUUUACAUUCUUAUAACAAAUUAGUUGAUACUAUACGCACUGAAAGUGCCACAUCUGCUUCAAAAGCAGUAAAAUCAAAGGUUUUGAACCAGUGACAGUAACUGUGUUACAUGCCUAGUUUGUAAAUUUAGGUAUUGAUAUUGUUGUCAUAUUUCUUAUUCUCAAAAGAGGUUAAAAUUUAAGAGUAGUUGGCAGGUGUUACAGGAGGUGAGCAAGCCAGGGGGCACCUCAGCAGCGUUGAGUAUCCUUGUGAUCUAGUCACUGCCCAGUGAUGCACGCAGAGCUCCACACCGCCUGCUGUGCUCACCAACAAUAAUACUUCAAGCCCAGUUACCACAUUUAGUUGUACUUCUCGGUAUCCUAUUGAGUACGACUAAUCUUCUUGAGGUGGCACUGUGCUUCCCCCUCUACAAAACUUUUUAUAGCCCAACCAAUGAGGUGGGCCAGAGGCUUGAGCCUAUAGUACAAGGUAGGUUAGUGUGGGCGUGGGUUGUAUCCACUGCCCCCUGGCCCUGCUCCUCCCCAUCACCUGGCCCACUGCACCAUCUGCGUCACCUGGCCACUUCCUGGUGCAACAAGACUGCCAAAUUCACCUCAUGCCUACCUGCAGAGUCCCUACUCCAUUCCCCUCUUUUCCUUGUUCUCCCCUUGAAACCCAGAGCAGUGGCAGGAGCAUAGGGCCUUGAAAUUUACCCCCAAGGUCAAUCUGGAGACCUGAGUUGCUCGCCAUGGUCAGUGUUAGGCAAUAGCUAAGUGCAGAGCCACUUGUGUAUAACUAUGUACUGGACUGUUUUUGCUGUGGAGGUUCUUAGCCUUCUGGAUUGUCAUUGUGGUCUGGUGUUGCGGAUAUGCCUGGCCCUGCCAUCUGCCCCAGGGGAUCAUGGUGCUAGCAUUGCAUGCUCUUAACUGUCCACCACAUAAAAGCCAGGGUUGUUCUGCCUGAAAACAUCUCAUAUGAGGGGCACAGCUGAGAGUUGUGGUGAUGGCAACCCAGGAGUGGGUGGGCUGCCCCCUGCUGGUCCUCUGAGGGGCCGUGGCAGGUGGAGGGCUAGGCUGGUGUUUCUGUUAAAGUCUGGCUUAUGACACGCUGGCUGGACUCUAAACUACUGCUCGUGAUACUGUCGAGAACAUACCGUAGAGCAUUUGUACACCGAGUGGAAAGUUGACCAAGUCAACUAAAAAUGAAAGCAGAGCUUGUUUAUGGCAUAAGUGACUGUUGAAUUUUAUUUGUACCAUACCACAGAUGUGUCCCUAGUGUUACUGAUAGAAAUUAGAAGUACUGUAGGUGAGCCUAGCUCGUUAAACUGUAGUAUUUAGUCCUCCACCUGUCUGUCUGUCUGUCUGUCUACCUGUCUGUGUCAGUCUGUCUCUCCUGUGUGCAUCACCUGUGACCGUAGAGGAGGCACGCGAGUCACAUCCCACACACCUCUCAUCCUUCUGCUCAGCUUCCUCAUUCCUCCCUUUCUCCUUUGUUUGUGACCAACUUCCUUGUCUUUCAGUUACAAUACUAUGUCAGGAUUGACUAGGCUACAUUUUCAGCCAAACCUUAUUAAAGUCCAGCCACAGUAUGUAUAUUUCAUGAUUUAUGAGUAAAAGUCGUAUUUAUGCAUGAGUCAGUGGUAAUUGUAAGAAAAAGGUCUGAUGUAUCCUGUAAAUACGGAUCACAAAGGCUUAGUGGACAUCCCAGGUUGAGUAUGUUAAUGUUUGGCUGAGAAUGCAACCCUUGAGAGAGUGCAAGUUUUAGUGAUGUAAGGCCAGCUAAGCUGCGACUGAGGACGGCAUGUUAGGAGGAGCUACACCACAUGCACACCUUGUUGGUCUGUGAUAUUGUGAGAAGCUUGUCGGGGUCACCUGCUCCAGGCAGUGGCCACCUGCCUCUCUUGUCCAGAAGGAAAAUUGUGUUAGGCUGAGAAUUCUUUAGAAUUCGUAUGUUAAUGACUGUCUGUUACCAAAAUGAGUCAUGUGAUGACAGAGGUUGAUUGUUCUUUGAAGCAUUUGAAAUGCUAAAAGCGCUUUUUCCAGUUACUGGAUGAUAGUUAUUUGUUUACAUGACAUGAGUGGCACUUCAGUUUUGUAGAAUGUGGCACCACAAAUCUUCAAGCACCCUAUCAAUAGCAGUAACAAAGCCCAGUGUAGCACCCCCUUUUCUUUUAUUACUACAAUUAUUAUUAUAAUUAUUUUCUUUUAUGUUACAUUAAACCCAUGUUGAUUUUAUGUGAAGAGCCGAGCUGAUGUAUUACGUUUGCCUGUAGUGGUAAGCUGGUGAUAAGUCAAGUGCCUUGUGACUUGUGAUAAAUUGUGGAUGGAGGGGCAAACUGCCCUCUCAUUUGAAAAUAAUAGCCAAGUUCCUGAACACAUAGGGAUCAAUUGAUGUAAUAGUUUCCUGGUUUAAGCUUCCUAUACCCUAUUUUACUUAAAAGUUUCCAUGAAUUGUUGAGCUCUAUGUUUCAAGAUGUCAUGCUUAUGUGAGGUACUAUAUCUGAUUGUUUUUAAAAUUUACCUCAUAAAAUUCUGGUGCACUGGGUGCUUGGUGUAUUGGUUGUGCCACAUUCAGAAUGGCAAUAUAGAGAUGUUAGUGUGGAGCUGGGCACCCCAUAGCCUGGCAACACCGCAUGAGCCCACUGGCUGAGGUAGAAGUAGUUGCCCAGCAAGAAACUGUGUGUUGAACAACACAAAUUUAGCCAGUAAAGACAAGGCUAAGUUCCUCUUUCAUAGUGUCAUUGACUGAGUCCACAACCAUACUUGAUGAAAUUGUAACAAUAUUUAUGCAUGUAAUACAACUUGAACAUCAAAACUUUUGUUAUCUGAAUUGUGUGUGCAAAGUUACUAAAAAGUUAAAUUCCUUGUCUCCUACAUGGAUCAUCUGGUUGACAUUAAAACAUGGCAAACAAGACUUAUCAUGGAUGAUUUAGUAUUUCCAACACUGCAAAAUAUAUGGAUACAGGGUAGCCAUUUGGCUCAGCUGCAUACUAAGGCUUGAGGAAUUGUUUUAGUGUGACUUUGACACAAGAUAUCCUGGACGAGCCAGAGCAAACCCUCCACAGUGACAGGAGGCUCAUGUGGGUGUCCCAGGGCUGUCCCACCACCUAGGACCUGGGAUAUCAGUAGGACCAAUUCCAUGACUUGUUUCUCUGGAGGAUACCUUUAUGGUUUUAAAUAAUUUUACUACAGUUUAAAAGUCUAUUGCCAGCAUCAUUGAAAAAAUGUAUUUGUAACCUAGGUAGUGUGUGAUAAUGUUCCUACAGAUGCCCCACUUGUCCCUAUAAUGGUGUACAAAUUAAUCUGCAGGUAUGCCCUUUGUACCUGCAGGUCACAAGCUCAAACCCAUGCAUUUCACCUUUCUUUUCUGUAUUCAUGUGGAUCAUUGAUACAGGUUGCAGUCAGAUGGCUCUGUUGUGGCCACUGUGCAUGAUUUGCAUGCAUCUUGCAGUUGCUGCUCCUGUCUUUUUAUCAUAGAUUUCAGUGACUGACAGCUUCCCGGGACACCUGUGUGAGGCUCCAAAUUAGAUAAAAAAAAAAAAAAAAAGAAAAAAAAUCCAGCAAACCACGAGGACACAACAGUGCCUCCACCAUGUGUUCAGCUCCAGCAUGUGUCUGCUGUGACCCUCCUGACCCGGCACCAGGUGGCACUGACCUGAUUUGCAGUGGGCAUUUGCGGGAUCCUUUGUUGUUCUUAAAUGCUGCUUCACAUUUCUCAACUCUUAAUUUAAAUUGGAAAUCACCAUCUUCAGCUUGAAUGCUGUUCAGUGAAAUAGUGAUAACCAGCUGGUAGGUACUAAUGAUCAUGCAGGGCAUUUUGAUCUCAUACACUAAUGUUAAAAUUAUAGUAUACUACUUCACUAAAAAAAAAAAAAAAAAAAAAUACAGUAUAUCAAAUACUAUACUAUAGAACUCUUUCAUGACAAAGAAGGUGAUCCAAGAGAUCUCAGCAUCAGUUCCAAUUUAAGUGCUUUAACCUGGUAAUGUGUCCAGGGGGGUCACAGUGGCCAGCAGACUUGUACAAUAGAUAGUAACAACCAAGGAAGUGACUCAAUUAACUCCACCAUACUGUGCUCUGUCCAAAAAUAUUUAGUCAUUUAUUAAAUGAGGCUACAAUAGUGCAUUUCUUCAUUACACUGAAGAUUAAUAUAGUGUCUGUUGUGCAUAUGUAACUGAGAAUGAGUAUAUGUGUAUGUGUAAUAUGUAUAUGAAAUUGUUGUAAUUAUUGAAAGUUAUCUCAUUGUGUGUAUAUAUUACUGGAUAUGUGUGCAUGUUUUUAAGCAUAUAUGUAUAUUUACAUGCACACAACUCAUUUCCAUUCAGACAUACAUGCAUAAAUGUCAGCAGGAUGUGUGUAGGUUAGUGUUUCGUCCAUCUGUACCUCCUCAUAUUCACAUCACAUAAUGCUGCAGGAUACUUGUACUUAUGGUGGGCAGAACAUUGAGUCACCUCCACCUGCACUCCCCCUCCCUCCCUCCCUAAUAGUUGUAGCUGCGUGUCUAGUGUUACUAUGAGGCCGUGUGUGUGUGGGCCACCUGGUGGCUCCCAUCAGUGUGCUCACAACAAUGUGUCAACUCUUCUCAUGUUGCUUCAGUGACCUUGUAUUCAGUUUAUAUUUUUAUUUUUUUUACCAAUUUUUGUAAGCACCAAUUCAGAUAUUUGAUUCUCAGAUUUUGUAGCAACAUACAUUUUUAUAUAUUUUUUUUAGUGUACAUGUAGGCUGGUGAAACUAUUUGGAAGUUAAGUGUCUGGUAGGACAGCAACUAUAUUUAUAGCCAAGUCAGUGUUGAAUAAAUUUGCUUUCAGCUAAGAGUUGAUUCACAGCUCCUUUCAUUUUCAGGUGUCUUGAAUUUUCAUAAACUUAAUCGUCAUGUAGUAUGAAGUGCCAGUGUUGUAAGACUUCAUCUUUGCAAGCCAAUGAAAAAGACCCUGGGCUACUGAAAAUCUGCCAUAUUCUGAAUACUAGUGCAAAUGAUAUGAUUUGUGGAGGUCCUAUGUGCAGGUUUCAAGAUGGCACUGAUUCAACUUCUCUAGCAAGUAACCCAUAGGUCCAUGUAAUAUAUGGUGUUUAGUAUGUUAUUUAUUCAACUUUUGUAAAGUGGUAUGAUAAAUUUGUGUUGUUGCUAGACCUGCCGCUGCUCAUGAGCCGUAUCAGGUGCAGAUAAAGGCUGUGUUCCAGGUGGUGGCAGGCUGUGCUGUGCACUCUGGGCAAGAUUGCCAUGGAUCAUGAUUGGUAAAUUCAAAACUUUGUAUGUUGCUUUGCUAAAUUCAUCCCAGAGUUCAUAGGUGUCAGUCUUUAUCACAGUUAAUGGAGUGUUAUGGUUGCUACCAGACUCUUAAUUAUUUAUUGCCAAUGAUAUUGGCACUGAUUGUAUGUUGCUUCGAAAAAGACAAAUUGUAACAAACACUCUGUUGUAUGUGAACACAGACACCAGACUUUACCUCACUAUUAUCCCUGCAAUGGAGGCCAGUUCAUACCUAACUAAUUGGACCGACUGCAGUAUUUUAGUUCAUUUUGUCUUAGUUUCAAAAAAGGUUUUGAUGGAAAGAUAGUAUUGUAAGUUUGAGUACUAAAAUUUACUGAAUUUAAGUAAUUAAUAAAAUCCGAAUUGUGAAAUUUAUAUUUAACUCAAUAAUUGGCAUUGUAUCUUGUUAUGAUAUGUCUACUAUUUAAGACCUUACCCACUAUUUAAAUUUAGUUUUUGGGACCCGACAAACUCUAGUAACAUGCUUCUAGUUCCUAAUGAUGGCUGGGCUGAUGUGUACACCACUACCAACAAACUACGUAGUGAGAACAUGUUGUUAUGGGAUUCAUCCGAAGAUUUUGUAAUUUUAAUUAUUUUUGUAAUUUGAUAAUGUACUUAGACUGCAGCUCCAUUUUAGGCCAAAAGCCUCCCCCUCCCCCUCAUACAAUACUGUGACCUGAUACACCACCACAAAGACUUGAUGUAUGCUGAUCUGAAUUCCAUGAGUAUUGUGUCAGUAUAGUUUUGUUCUCUACAGGAUCACUUCAGUUUUGUAGCCAGUAAUUUGUGAGGGUGUAGGCUGACUUGUUAACUACAACCAUCAUGGCAAUUCUACUGUUCAUCGUCAGGUCGCCAACAACAAAGGAUGUUCCUACUUGGUACACUUUAGUGUGACUAAAAAGUGCCUCUUCUCCAUACUUUUCAAGUAUUAAUAAAGGCAUCUUGUACACCUAA